AUGGCGGAGGGAACCGGCACCGGGACGGAGGAGCUGGCCUGGAGCCCCGGGACGGCGCCGCGUCCCCCGCCCGGGCUGGAGGCGAAGCUGGGCUCGUUGGUGCUGCUGCUCCUGCUGCCCCUCGCCUGCGGCCUCGCCCCCCUCUGCUGCUUUCGGCAGCCCCCCAGCUCCGCCGACGCCCGCAGCCCGGUGCUCAGCCUGGUGAGCUGCUUUGCCGGCGGCGUCUUCCUGGCCACCUGCCUGCUCGACCUCCUGCCCGACUACCUGGCCAGCAUCAGCGCGGCGCUGGAGGGGCUGCGCAUCACGCUGCAGUUCCCCUUGGCAGAAUUCAUCCUGGCCAUGGGCUUCUUCCUGGUGCUGGUGCUGGAGCAGGUCGCGUUGGCGCAGCGGGAGCCGUCGUCCAUCCCGGAGGAAACGCGAGCCCUCCUUCCCACCGGCUCCAUCCAAACCCCUUUGCCGCAGCCCCCCGUUCCCAGUGCCCGCGGUGCCGUUCGCGCCGGAUUGUUGGUGCUGGCGUUGGCGCUUCACUCCGUGCUGGAAGGGCUGGCGUUGGGGUUGCAGGAGGCCGAGGGGGCCGUGCUGCGCGUCUGCCUGGCCCUGCUGCUGCAUAAAUGCGCGGUGGCCUUCAGCCUGGCGCUGAAGCUGCUGCGGGGUCGCCUGCGCGCGCCGGCGGUGGCCGCCUGCUUGGUGCUCUUCGCCAUGAUGUCGCCCUUGGGCGUCGGGCUGGGGACGGCGGUGGCGGCGGGCGCGGGGCCGCGGCAGCGGCUGUGCCGGGGGGUGCUGGAGGGGUUGGCGGCCGGGACCUUCCUCUACAUCACUUUCCUGGAGAUUUUACCCCAGGAACUUGGCGUCCCCCAGCAUCGCGUCCCCAAAGUCAUCCUGCUCCUCGCCGGCUUUGCCCUUGUCACCGCCAUCCUCUUCAUCAAGAUCUGAGGCGUCCCCUCCCCACGUGGGACCCCCAGGAAGGAGGUUCCCCUCUGUGCAAGUGCCAAAGCGUCACUCAGGAGACUCUCCCCGGCCCCCACACACCCUGGAGGGGGGGGUCUGCCCGCGGGGGCCCCCUGUCCAGGGCAGUCCCUGUGCCUCAGUUUCCCCACCUGCAUAGGUGGACCGUGCUGACCUCCCCCCCCCCCACCCGUGGGACCCCCAGGGUGGGGAGGUGUGUGUCUCCCACCACCACCCUCCCAUCACCACCACCACAAGUGCCCUUAGCGCGGGGGGGUGGGGGGUGGGGGGGUGGUGUUGCCCUGGGAUGUGCAGCCCCAGCCCACCCCCCCCCCCAGACCAGAAAUGGGGUUGGAUGGAUGAAGUAAAUAAAGGACUGGACACGA